AUGGGUUGUGCCGUGAGUAGCGACGAAAAAGCGGCCGCCGAACGGUCUAAAGCCAUAGACAAAUCCCUCCGUGCCGAGGGAGAACGAUCAGCGAGAGAAGUUAAAUUACUCUUAUUAGGAGCUGGAGAAUCAGGGAAAAGCACCAUUGUAAAACAGAUGAAAAUUAUUCAUGAAAAGGGCUAUUCACAAGAGGAAUGCUUACAAUACAGACCUGUCGUUUACAGCAACAUAAUGCAAUCAAUGAUUGCCAUUAUCAGAGCAAUGGGUCAACUUAAAAUUAACUUUGGAUGUCCAGAAAGUGAACCAUUUUCCCACUCUCUAUUGUGCUGUUGGAGCAAGGUCAGAGAGAAAGCAUUUUUGUUAUUUUAUGUGCCUCUCCCCUUUUCCCCCUCGCUGUGCCUCUCCCCUUUUCCCCCUCGCUGUGCUCUCCCCUUUUCCCCUAGGGCUCCUCUCCCUUUUCCCCUCGCUGUGCCUCUCCCCUUUUCCCCUCGCUGUGCCUCUCCCCUUUUCCCCUCGCUGUGCCUCUCCCCUUUUCCCCUCGCUGUGCCUCUCCCCUUUUCCCCUACUUCUCUCAGCCACAAGAUUUUUUUUUUCUUUUCUUUUUUUUUUCUUUUUUUUUUUCUUUUUUUCUUUUCUUUUUUUUCUUUUCUUUUUUUUUUUCUUUUUUUUUUUCUUUUUUUUUUUUUUUUUUUUUUUCUUUUCUUUUCUUUUUCUUUUUUUUUUUUUUUUUUCUUUUCUUUUCUUUUUCUUUUCUUUUUCUUUUCUUUUUUUUUCUUUUUUCUUUUCUUUCUUUUCUUUCCUUUUCUUUUUCUUUCUUUCCUUUUCUUUCUUUCCUUUUCUUUCUUUCCUUUUCUUUCUUUCCUUUUUUUUUUCUUUCCUUUUCUUUCUUUCCUUUUCUUUCUUUCCUUUUCUUUCUUUCCUUUUCUUUCUUUCCUUUUCUUUCUUUCCUUUUCUUUCUUUCCUUUUCUUUCUUUCCUUUUCUUUCUUUCCUUUUCUUUCUUUCCUUUUCUUUCUUUCCUUUUCUUUCUUUCCUUUUCUUUCUUUCCUUUUCUUUUUUCCUUUUCUUUCUUUCCUUUUUCUUUCUUUUUCCUUUUCUUUCUUUCCUUUUCUUUCUUUCCUUUUCUUUCUUUCCUUUUCUUUUUCUUUCUUUCCUUUUCUUUCUUUCUUUUUCUUUCAUUCUCUUUUUUCCUUUCUUUCCUUUUCUUUCAUUCUCCUUUUUUCCUUUCUUUCCUUUUCUUUCUUUCCUUUUCUUUCUUUCCUUUUCUUUCUUUCCUUUUCUUUCUUUCCUUUUCUUUCUUUCCUUUUCUUUCUUUCCUUUUCUUUCUUUCCUUUUCUUUCUUUCCUUUUCUUUCUUUCCUUUUCUUUCUUUCCUUUUCUUUCUUUCCUUUUCUUUCUUUUUUUUUCUUUCUUUCCUUUUCUUUCUUUCCUUUUCUUUCUUUCCUUUUCUUUCUUUCCUUUUCUUUCUUUCCUUUUCUUUCUUUCCUUUUCUUUCUUUCCUUUUCUUUCUUUCCUUUCUUUUUUUCUUUCCUUUUCUUUCUUUCCUUUUCUUUCUUUCCUUUUCUUUCUUUCCUUUCUUUCUUUCCUUUUCUUUCUUUCCUUUUCUUUUUUGCUUUUUCUUUCUUUCCUUUUCUUUUUUGCUUUUUCUUUCUUUCCUUUUCUUUUUUGCUUUUUCUUUCUUUCCUUUUCUUUUUUGCUUUUUCUUUCUUUCCUUUUCUUUUUUGCUUUUUCUUUCUUUCCUUUUCUUUUUUUCUUUUUCUUUCUUUCCUUUUUCUUUCUUUCCUUUUCUUUCUUUUCUUUCUUUCCUUUUCUUUCUUUCCUUUUCUUUCUUUCCUUUUCUUUCUUUCCUUUUCUUUCUUUCCUUUUCUUUCUUUCCUUUUCUUUUCUUUUCUUUCUUUCCUUUUCUUUCUUUCCUUUUCUUUCUUUCCUUUUCUUUCUUUUUUUCUUUCUUUCCUUUUCUUUCUUUUCCUUUUCUUUCUUUCCUUUCUUUCUUUCCUUUUCUUUCUUUCCCUUUUCUUUCUUUCCUUUUCUUUCUUUUUUUCUUUCUUUCCUUUUCUUUCUUUCCUUUUCUUUCUUUCCUUUUCUUUCUUUCCUUUCUUUCUUUCUUUUCUUUCCUUUUCUUUCUUUCCUUUUCUUUCUUUCCUUUUUUCUUUCCUUUUCUUUCUUUCCUUUUCUUUCCCUUUUCUUUCUUUCCUUUUCUUUCUUUCCUUUUCUUUCUUUCCUUUUUCUUUCUUUCCUUUUCUUUCUUUCCUUUUCUUUCUUUCCUUUUCUUUCUUUCCUUUUCUUUUCCUUUUCUUUUUUUCUUUCUUUCCUUUUCUUUCUUUCCUUUUCUUUCUUUCCUUUUCUUUUUUCCUUUUCUUUCUUUCCUUUUCUUUCUUUCCUUUUUUCUUUCCUUUUCUUUUCUUUUUCUUUCUUUCCUUUUCUCUUUCUUUCCUUUCUUUCUUUUCCUUUUUUUCUUUCUUUCCUUUUCUUUCUUUCCUUUUUCUUUCUUUCCUUUUCUUUCUUUCCUUUUCUUUCUUUCCUUUUCUUUCUUUCCUUUUUUCUUUCUUUUCUUUUUUUCUUUCUUUCCUUUUCUUUCUUUCCUUUUCUUUCUUUCCUUUUCUUUCUUUCCUUUUUCUUUCCUUUUCUUUUUUCCUUUUCUUUCUUUCCUUUUCUUUCUUUCCUUUUCUUUCUUUCCUUUUCUUUCUUUCUUUUCUUUCUUUCCUUUUCUUUCUUUCCUUUUCUUUCUUUCCUUUUCUUUCUUUCCUUUUCUUUCCUUUUCUUUCCUUUUCUUUCUUUCCUUUUCUUUCUUUCCUUUUCUUUCUUUCCUUUUUCUUUCCUUUUCCUUUUUCUUUCUUCCUUUUCUUUCUUUCCUUUUCUUUCUUUCUUUUCUUUCCUUUUCUUUCUUUCUUUUCUUUCUUUCCUUUUCUUUCUUUCCUUUUUUCUUUCCUUUCCUUUUUUUCUUUCUUUCCUUUUUUUUUCUUUCCUUUUUCCUUUUCUUUCUUUCCUUUUCUUUCUUUCCUUUUCUUUCUUUCCUUUUCUUUCUUUCCUUUUCUUUUUUCCUUUUCUUUCUUUCCUUUUUUUCCUUUUCUUUCUUUCCUUUUCUUUCUUUCCUUUUCUUUCUUUCCUUUUCUUUUCUUUCUUUCUUUCUUUUUUUCUUUCUUUCCUUUUCUUUCUUUCCUUUCUUUUCUUUCCUUUUCUUUUCUUUCCUUUUCUUUUUUGAUAACGAAAUUGAAUGAUGCUAAAACUCUUUUUGAUGUGUCCUCUAAUACUGAUGAAAGUGACAUGACUCCAGAAUUGGCUGCCCUCUAUAAGAGACUUUGGUCAGAUUCAGGUGUUGUCUCAUGUGUUGCAAGAUCCAGGGAAUACCAACUCAAUGAUUCAGCUCAAUACUACCUGAAUUCUUUGGACAGAAUAUCAAUGCCAAACUACAUCCCAUCAGAACAAGACGUACUACGGACCAGAGUAAAGACCACUGGAAUUGUUGAGACUCACUUCACGUUUAAGGAUUUGCAUUUCAAAAUGUUUGAUGUUGGAGGUCAGCGAUCAGAAAGAAAGAAAUGGAUUCACUGUUUUGAAGGAGUUACUGCAAUUAUUUUCAUUGUGGCUAUGAGUGAAUAUGACUUGAUGUUAGCUGAGGACCAAGAAAUGAACCGAAUGAUGGAAAGUAUGAAGUUGUUUGACUCCAUCUGCAACAACAAGUGGUUUUCUGACACUUCCAUAAUCCUCUUCUUGAACAAAAAGGAUUUAUUUGAGGAAAAAAUCAAGAAAUCCCCACUUACAUCUUGCUUCCCAGAAUAUGAAGCCUAUUCUGUGAUUCAUAGGGUCACCCUACAAAAAAAAAUUAGGAUGGAAAAAGUGUCACUGAAUUCACUUGUUCGAAUGACAUUACAUUCUAUGUAUUACAUGCAAAAAGGGAAUAUUUGCCACCCACUUUUUCCUGCCUCCUUUCUCUCCACCCUCUUCUUUUUUCAUUUUUCCUGCCUCCUUUCUCUCCACCCUCUUCUUUUUUCAUUUUUCCUGCCUCCUUUCUCCACCCUCUUCUUUUUUUUCAUUUUUCCUGCCUCCUUUCUCUCCAAUCUCUUCUUUUUUUCAUUUUUUUCCUGCCUCCCUUUCUCUCCACCCUCUUCUUUUUUUCAUUUUCCUGCCUCCUUUCUCCCACCCUCUUCUUUUUCAUUUUUCCCUGCCUCCUUUCUCCACCCUCUUCUUUUUUUCAUUUUUCCUGCCUCCUUUCUCUCCACCCUCUUCUUUUUUUUUUUUUUUCCUGCCUCCUUUCUCUCCACCCCUUCUUUUUUCAUUUUUCCUGCCUCCUUUCUCUCCACCCUCUUCUUUUUUCAUUUUUCCUGCCUCCUUUCUCUCCACCCUCUUCUUUUUUCAUUUUUCCUGCCUCCUUUCUCUCCACCCUCUUCUUUUUUCAUUUUUCCUGCCUCCUUUCUCUCCACCCUCUUCUUUUUUCAUUUUUCCUGCCUCCUUUCUCUCCACCCUCUUCUUUUUUCAUUUUUCCUGCCUCCUUUCUCUCCACCCUCUUCUUUUUUCAUUUUUCCUGCCUCCUUUUUUUAA